UUGGAAAAAAGGUAUAAAUACCGCAUUUACGCCAGUCUACGCAGAGCUCUUGGGAAGAAAGGAGAGACAACAAGUACUGCUGAAUAACUUCACUCGAGAUAACAUCUUUCGGUUUGUCUCAUCGUUUUGAACAUGUUGUCCGAAAAGUCACUUGUCGUGGUUCUAGUUGCUACCGUCGUUGUUUCCAGUGUUCACUCACUUCCAAUGUGGAAAGAGAAUUUCAGAGUGUCCAUCAAUGAAACAGGCACCGAAUUCAGCGAAGAUGUGGAGAUCGACAUGAUUAAACAGCAAGUGAGAGUACACGUUCCUGCCCACAAUGCCUUGCAAGAAACGGCGUCACUUCAUGACUUUAAGAAUGGUCACUCCAUAACAUGCUACAUCAGAGACGGCUAUUGCGUUCUGCGCAGUGGACAAGAAGGCUUGGAUUACACCUUAAGCUCCUUGAAAUGGGGACUUGAGACCUUGCAGGUAAUCUAUUCUUCCUCUUUCCCUCUUUGA